UGAAAAUGGUAUUAGUCAAAAGAAAAUUUGCCAAGCUUAUAUUUAUUAUUUAUAAUGAUUUUAUAGUCAUAUUUCAUCCAAUAUUGGUGAAUUGCAGAUUUAUAUGUUCCAUUAUAUGACCAUUCUGUGUUGUGUUGUGUUGUGUAUUCUUUUCAAUUGCUGCUCAGACUCAACUGGCACAUGCCACUCAAACAACAGCUCUCAGGAGCCAACUGUCAUAACUGUCAUUUAGCCAGUGUGGAGUGACUGCAGGGAGCUUGUGUGAGUUGGAGAGAGUUUUUGGAGAUUACAGCGAUAGAAGAAGACAUUUGAGCAGAAAGGUGAGUUUGUAUUGCGGAGGAAGAAAAAAGCAGCAGAAGAAGAAGAAAGAAGAAGAAGAAAGAACAUCCUUGGAAAAGAAGAAUAAUGGAGAAGAAGAGGAGAAUAUCUGAGAGUCCAGUGGAGGAACCAGCUAAAGGAAAAAAGAUACAACUGAAGGAUUUAAGGAUUUGCAUAGAACGUCUGAAGCAAUAUCCACUGAGAAGAAAAAGACAGGGAAGUCCAGAGGAGAACCCAGCUGCAGAGGAAAAGAUUACAUGUAAAGAAAUAGAGACGAAUAAACAAAUUGACAGAGAUGUGGAUCGAAAGCAAUAUCCACAGCGAAGGAAAAGACCAAGAAGUCCAGAGCAGAGCCCAGCUGGUAAGGACAAAAAAAUUUGAAAGAUAUUGAUGUUGGACUUGAAGAGGUGUUCAACCCAAAAAAACUGUUCCUCACACGCCCAGUCAUUCAAAGCAACU